AUGGAGAGGUUAAGUAACUUGCUGAAGGUUACAUACCUUAAGAUAGAUGAAGAGAAUGAGGCAAACUUGCUAGCAGUCCUCACAGAGACACUGGACAGUCUCCCUGUGGAUGAAGACGGAUUACCCUCAUUUGAUGCACUGACAGAUGGAGAUGUGACCACCGAGAAUGAGGCUAGUCCUUCCUCCAUGCCUGAUGGCACCCCUCCGCCUCAGGAGACAGAAGAGCCGUCUCUGCUUAAGAAGCUCUUACUGGCACCAGCCAACACUCAGCUAAGUUAUAAUGAAUGCAGUGGCCUCAGUACCCACAACCAUGCAAACCAUAAUCACAGGAUCAGAACAAACCCUGCAGUUGUUAAGACCGAGAAUUCAUGGAGCAAUAAAGCGAAGAGCAUUUGUCAACAGCAAAAGCCACAAAGGCGUCCCUGCUCGGAGCUUCUCAAGUAUCUGACCACAAAUGAUGACCCUCCUCACACCAAACCCACAGAGACCCGGAACAGCAGCAGAGACAAAUGCACCUCCAAAAAGAAGGUCCACACACAAUCUCAGUCACAGCAUUUACAAGCCAAACCAACAACUUUAUCUCUUCCUCUGACCCCAGAGUCACCAAAUGACCCCAAGGGUUCCCCAUUUGAGAACAAGACUAUUGAACGAACCUUAAGUGUGGAACUCUCUGGAACUGCAGGCCUAACUCCACCCACAACUCCUCCUCAUAAAGGCAACCAAGAUAACCCUUUUAGGGCUUCUCCAAAGCUGAAGCCCUCUUGCAAGACUGUGGUACCUCCGCCAUCAAAGAAGGCCCGGUACAGUGAGUCUUCCGGUAUCCAAGACAAUAACUCCACCAGGAAAGGGCCCGAGCAGUCUGAGUUGUACGCACAGCUCAGUAAGACCUCCGUGCUCACCAGUGGACACGAGGAAAGGAAGGCCAAGCGGCCCAGUCUGCGGCUGUUUGGUGACCAUGACUAUUGUCAGUCAAUUAAUUCCAAAACGGAAAUACUCAUUAAUAUAUCACAGGAGCUCCACGACUCCAGACAACUAGAAUAUAAAGAUGCCUCCUCCAACUGGCAGGGGCAGAUGCGCUCUUCCACAGAUUCAGACCAGUGCUACCUGAGAGAGGCCUCGGGGGUGAGCAGGCAGGUCUCUCCCGGCAGCACCAGAAAACAGCUCCAAGACCAGGAAAUCCGAGCUGAGCUGAACAAGCACUUCGGUCAUCCCAGUCAAGCUGUUUUUGACGACGAAGCAGACAAGACCAGUGAACUGAGGGACAGUGAUUUCAGUAAUGAACAAUUCUCCAAACUACCUAUGUUUAUAAAUUCAGGACUAGCCAUGGAUGGCCUGUUUGAUGACAGCGAGGAUGAAAGUGAUAAACUGAAGUCCCCUUGGGAUGGCACGCAGUCCUAUUCAUUGUUCCAUGUGUCGCCUUCUUGUUCUUCUUUUAACUCUCCAUGUAGAGAUUCCGUGUCACCACCCAAAUCCUUAUUUUCUCAAAGACCCCAAAGGAUGCGCUCUCGUUCACGGUCCUUUUCUCGACAUAGGUCGUGUUCUCGAUCACCAUAUUCCAGGUCAAGAUCAAGGUCCCCAGGCAGUAGAUCCUCUUCAAGAUCUUGCUACUACUAUGAGUCAGGCCACUGCAGACACCGCGCGCACCGAAAUUCUCCCCUGUGCGCGAGAUCACGUUCAAGAUCGCCCUACGGCCGGCGGCCCAGGUAUGACAGCUACGAAGAGUAUCAGCACGAGAGGCUGAAGAGGGAAGAAUACCGCAGAGAGUAUGAGAAACGGGAGUCUGAAAGGGCCAAACAGAGAGAGAGGCAAAGGCAGAAGGCAAUUGAAGAACGCCGUGUGAUUUAUGUUGGUAAAAUCAGACCUGACACAACACGGACAGAACUGAGGGACCGUUUUGGAGUUUUUGGUGAAAUUGAGGAGUGCACAGUAAAUCUGCGGGAUGAUGGAGACAGCUAUGGUUUCAUUACCUACCGUUAUACCUGUGAUGCUUUUGCUGCUCUUGAAAAUGGAUAUACUUUGCGCAGGUCGAAUGAAACUGACUUCGAGCUGUACUUUUGUGGACGCAAGCAGUUUUUCAAGUCUAACUAUGCAGACCUAGAUUCAAACUCAGAUGACUUUGACCCUGCUUCCACCAAGAGCAAGUAUGACUCUCUGGAUUUCGAUAGUUUACUGAAAGAAGCCCAGAGAAGCUUGCGCAGGUAACAUGUUCCCUGGCUGAGGAUGACAGAGGGACGGUGAAUACCUCACGGGACAGCGCGUCCUUCCCUAACAGACUGUUGCAAGUCAUACUUAGGAAUUUCUCCUACUUUACACUCUCUAUACAAAAACAAAACAAAACAACAACAAUACAACAAGAACAACAACAAUGGUUUACAUGAACACAGCUGCUGAAGAGGCAAGAGACAGAAUGGAAACCCAGUAAGCACAUGUUUAUUUAUGGGUGUCAGCUUUGCUUUCCCUGAGUCUCUUGGUGAUGGAGUGUGUGUGUGUGUGUGUGCGCGCGCGCGUGUGCUUGCCUGGUUUGGGGGAAGUGUGUAUGUACAGGUGGGGACUGGGGGCACCUGACCAGUGCGUGCAAGGGCAAACCACUUCAAAUGGCAGCAGUUCCAUGAAGACACACUUAAAACCUAGAACUUCAAAAUGUUCAUAUUCUAUUCAAAAGG